UACGGAGCUGUUUUGGUCACGUACCGGAAGUAGCCAGGGUGACAUUAGGAAUAGGUAUGAAGGAAGGCAUGGCUCUGGAUAUGUUGUAAGACCCCGUGUUCUUAUCGUUCUCUUGGUUUUUUUUUAAAUAUUUGUGUGUAAGUGUUUCUUCUGAAGAGCGUCAUGGCGGCGUGGAGCUGCCGGGUUCUUCUUCUGCGAGGAUCUCGACUCGUCGCUCCCCGAGCAGCUGCUGAAAGUCCUGCCCAUUUGAUGGGUUGCAUCAGGACAGUCAAGACCACAACAUGGUUCGAGGAAAACCUCACAGAGGACAACCAGGAGUACAUGAGGAAGAGCAUGGCAGAGGAGUACAGGAGUCAAACGGCUGAGAAGCUCAACCCGCUCAAAGAUGAGCCCUGGCAGCGACACGAGUGGACAGAAGGAAGUCGAAGAGUAGGGUUAGUCGCUGUGAAAUUAGGAAUGGCUCCUGUCUGGACAAAAACAGGGGAACGGCACGUAGUCACCAUGUUACAGGUGCAGGACUGCCAUGUCAUACAAUACCUGUCUAAAGAAGAAUAUGACGGACGCACAGCUGCUCUCAUGGUCGGAGGGAAGAACAUAUCACCGUUCUAUAGGUCUGAAGAGGACAUGGAGAUGUUCAGAAAUACAGGCGUGCCACCAAAACAGAAAGUCACCACGUUUAAAAUUUCAGACAACGCCAUCAUCAAGCCAGGCACUCCUCUGUAUGCAGCUCAUUUCCGUCCUGGACAAUACGUGGACGCCACAGCCAAAUCCAUCGGUAAGGGUUUUCAAGGCGUAAUGAAGCGAUGGGGGUUCAAAGGUCAGCCGGCCACCCAUGGCCAAACAAAAACACACCGCAGGCCAGGAGCUUCUGGGCCUGGAGGGGAUCCAGCCAAAGUUUUCAAAGGGAAGAAGAUGCCCGGCAUGAUGGGAAACACCUACAUCACAGCAUAUGGACUGAAGAUAUGGAGGGUCAAUACCAAGUAUAAUGUGCUGUAUGUGAACGGCUCCGUCCCCGGCCACAAGAACUGCUUGGUGAAGGUAAGAGACACCGUCCUGCCAAACAGGAGCUCCACAUUGCUGAAUCCCCCUUUCCCUACAUACUUCACAGAAGAGGAGGCUGACCUGGAAGAAGACCUGUAUGACGAGGGCUGUUUCAGUCACACAGAGCCAUCGUUAACAAUAACCUGACCACAUACACACACUCGUGAACACACCACACAUUUUCACCUAAACCCAAAAAUGAAGACUGAACCCUGUAAUAAAGAGUUAUUCCUUUGAA